AUGACGAUCAAAUCACUCCUCAAGUCCCUUCUGGCCACAACUAACCAGCUGAAGGCAAAAUAUCUACCUCGAAGCAAUGGCGAUGAGUUUGAACAGUGGAUGAAGGAGUUUGAGGAUAAGGAUCGAGCAGAGGCUCAAUCCAAGUGGAUUCAUCAGCAUCGUCACGAGAUACGCCGGGGCAGCCAGAUUGUGCAGCGCGAAAUGCACAUCAGUGCCCAGCUCACGUACUACCAGAAUCUUGCCGAGGAACUUAACAAGCUCGAGCCGGUCGACUUUGAGCUGCUAGCCCACUGCGAUACUGAACUGAAAAAAAUGAACCAGGAACACUGGAAGCACCGAGAAUGCUUGGCUAGGCUUGAGGGUGCCAAGCCGCCAGGUCGACUAGUCCAGGAAUACUGCAAGAAUCAACAAAAGCAUCAACACCAGAAGGCUCAAACCCUGUGGAAGGCCGAGCGGGUCUAUUCUGCUGUGGAUGUUACCGAGGCGAAUCGCCUGAGUCAAGCCAGCACUCAAGCUGUUGAGGCGUGCCAGGACCCUAUACGAUCAUUUCGAGGAAUUAAAGGCGGGUACAUCUAA